UGACUCUACAAAACACCCCAUAACUGUACGAACUGGGAUGCGAGAGAGGAUAUGCACAGAGUACAAAGCAGACUGCUCUCCUACCAGGACAGAGACGGGAGUAAGAAUGAAGGAUCUUUCACUUUUGCUCUUAAUGUGUGCAGCUCUUUCUAACACUCUUCCCAUCCACCCAGAGAAAGACAGCAAAGAAGAAGAUGUAAAGCUUGUACAGGACUAUUUAAAUAAAUUCUAUGCUGUUGAGCCAGAUCCAAAUCAACUUGGAUGGAAAAUAAAUGCUGAAUCCACUGCUGAAAAACUUCAGAAAAUGCAGCAAUUUUUUGGUUUGAAAGUAAUUGGAAAACCAGAUACUGAGACAUUGGAAAUUAUGAAGAAACCCAGGUGUGGAGUUCCCGAUGUGGGUCUCUAUGGUGUUACUCUACCAGGAUGGAAGAAAACCAAGCUGACAUACAGAAUUGUGAACCACACACCAGAUAUGAGCAAAGAGGAUGUGGAUAAAGCAAUCCAGAAGGCAUUUAAACUGUGGAGCACUGUCACCCCGCUGAUUUUCACUCGUAUUCAUGAGGGAAUAGCAGAUAUAAUGAUUGCUUUUGGGACCAAAGCUCAUGGACGUUGCCCUCGUUAUUUUGAUGGCCCCCUUGGCAUCCUCGCUCAUGCCUUUCCACCUGGCAAUGGUUUUGGUGGUGAUGUGCACUUUGAUGAGGAUGAAGAUUGGACCACAGGCUCUGCUGGGUUCAACUUGUUCCUUGUUGCUGCUCAUGAGUUUGGCCAUGCCCUGGGUCUCUCCCAUUCUAAUGACCACAGGGCUUUGAUGUUCCCCAAUUAUGCCUACAUCAACCCCAGCAAAUUUCCCCUCUCUCCAGAUGAUAUAAGUGGCAUUCAGUCCAUUUACGGAUCUCCACCAAGUGCCCCAGAUAAAAGGCCAGUCACCCCUACCUCACCUGAAACCUGUGGCUCCCAGAUGUCUUUUGAUGCUAUAACUACACUCCGACGAGAAGUAAUUUUUCUAAAGGGCAGGCACUUAUGGCGAGUCUAUCCUGAUAAUUCAGAAGUUGAACGUGAAUUGAUUUCUACAUUCUGGCCAACUCUGCCACCUGGUAUUGAAGCUGUGUACGAGAAUACGAAAGACCAGAUCCUAUUUUUCAAAGGCAAUAAAUUCUGGGUUAUCAGCGGAUAUCAGGUGUUGCUUGGUUAUCCAAAGAAUAUCAACACACUGGGCUUCCCUAAAGGUGUCAAGAAAAUUGAUGCAGCUGUUUGUGAUAAACAUACAGGGAAGACAGUCUUUUUCAUAGGUGACAAGUACUGGAGUAUUGGAUUUGCAACAUGCUGCUUCUAAAUCCUAUUCCCAAGCUGCCAUGAAUGAGUCCUGAUACCCAAAUACCAGGCAAAUGGAAGCAAAAAAUCAGCUUUGGGAAGCUGAUAGAUUCCUCCUGUUUGCAAGGACAACUGCUGCAAAGGCCUUCUGCAGGCAAACAGGAGAAUGCAUGGGUCAAACAGACUUUAUUGUGGUUAAUUGUGGAGUUCCUCAAUGAGACAAACAGUGUCAGCUGGAUUUUGAGCUGUAUGUCAUUUCCUUUUUGAUAGUUUUGGAAAGAGUAUUUACAAUAUCUUGUAUUGCUAUUUUACUGCCUUGGUCACAAGACAAAAGCAUUCAAGAAAACCACAGGAUUUCUUACCUAGUAACUCAUUCUCUCAGUCUCAUGUCCCUGUGAAAAGUAUUUCUUGUAUCCAAGGAGAAGUAAAACAAAGAUUUGUUUGUUUGCUUGGUUUUUUUUCCUGAGAGGGUUCCUCAAAUCUUGAGGAACCUUUUAGGUCCUCCUUUCAGCCCCCAGAUUCAGCCCCAUCUCAU